CACUAAAUACAAUUGUUUACACUGCAGUGGCAGAGGACGCAUUGUUAUUAUCAGAUUGUUGAUUAUUGCAAAACCAAAACGCCCAAUUCUUACUUUUUUCUGGCAAUUUAUUUGUUUAUUUUCUCUCAAAGGAUUCUACUUCCUAUUACCCAACUGAGUUAUAUCCUCUCAAAACCAUCUGAAUUAAUAUUUAAGAUGGUAGUUUUUUACAGUUGGUGUCCCAGCAACAGUCAUGUGACCUGUAGAAGUGACCUUAAGUAAAACACUGAAUGUCCCAGAUAAGAAUUUCAGCUAUAAUAGUAACACAAAGAUGUAAUUUAAACUGAUUAGUCCAGUCACCUCCAUCGAUUCAUGUCAUUCAGCAGUUUAAUAUUAAACACUACCAUGCUAUAUGUUGUAUGUAAAGUCAGAAUCAGGUCUGAUGAUGCCAAACAAACACACAAAUCACACAAAUGCCUAAAGAAUGUCUGUUUUUAGGUUAAUACUGUAAUUGUUUACAGUGUGCUCAUAAAAAAAACGUUGUUAUUCACGUUAUGUGUCCAAUGGUUUCUGCUCUAUACGCUGCUGUGAAUACGUUCUUGAUGUUUCUAGAUAUGGAGUCAUUAGAGUCAUUAGCUGAGGAGCUGAAUGUGAAUGGUCUCUUCAGGGCGCCUCAUUAUGCAGGCGCGUUAAAAGAAAGCAGCUGGGGGGUAAAUGGGUGGUUAAGGGCUCGAACAAAAAGAGGGGCAGGGUCUGUGAGGAGGGUCAGGAUUCAAAUUAUAAGUGGGAAGAUGUCCCCAUUGUCAGUGGGGUAUAUAGCAAGCUGAGAGAGAGAUUGAGAAAGAGAGAGAGGGAGAGAGAGGGAGAGAGAGAGAGAGAAGUUCCCCAUCAGUGAAGCUCCAUUUGGGCCAGGAUUUAGAAACAUCACCAUGGCCUCUUCCUCCUCGCACUGCGUUUGGAUCGCUCUGUUUCUUCUCUCAGGUCACAUUGGAGUAUUGGGUCGAGCUUUGCGACACGCAGAUGAAUCCUCUGGAUCAACUUUACGCACGGACGCGUCUAGGCGGUGCACAGAGCUGGCUGCGCCUUGGCUGCUGGAGAACACGCACCAAGCUGCAGGAGAUGAUGAUGAUUACGGUGAAGCGACGCGGUUGCAGGUCCGCGUUAGGCCUUUCACACCGGGAGCCUCCUCACAGGGCCCGGUGGUUUUCCCAGGAAAAUCUCUGUUCAGCUUUGUGCGACGGGUUUACCACUGCUGUCAAGAAGGAGUCCACUGCAGGAACGUGAAGGGGAUUCAAGGACGACUGAGAGGAGGCACAGAUGUGGAGUUUCUCUACACCAGGGAGAUUUUAUCAUUGACGGUUACGAGAGCCGAGCUACACCUCCAGCUUUCCAACCCACAACAUCUGGAUAUCCAUCCUGUGCUUUCAUCAAUGGCAAAGCGAGACCUUCCUACAAGGUACAGUUUGUGGUCGCGGGGCAACACAGUGGAGCUGAGAGUGGAUCUGCUGUUCCUCAUCCAGAGUCUGCAGGAGGCGGCGGGUGGUGCCGGAGGGGGUCCCAGCUUGGCGAACAUGCGGCGGGUGGCGUUUUCUUCCAGGGGGCAUCCACCAGGAGGGGCUCUGCAGGACACCGAUGGUGACGUGUGGGGUGAUGAGGUCGGCGGCACUCUGCCUGCUCUGAAGCUGGGCCUGGUUCUAGGCUGCAGUCAGGCUGGAUCAGGGGUGUCCUGCGGAGCCGGCGGCGUUCACCUCUCACACACACCCUUCAUGGCUCUGUACUACAGAUGAAGUCAAACUGACACUGGACUGCAUGGAAAUCAUCUGGUUUAAACUAUUUUCUAUCUGAAAAGACACACAGCCUCAAAGUUUACAAGGAAAAUGAUGCACUUCAAUGUCAAAUCUAUUAAUUUAUAAUUGUUAUUUUUUUUUGUAAAUAUAUAUAUAUGUUAAUAGUGAAUAUGAUAUACUGUAACUCUAUGGAGUCAUUCUUUUGGUUAUUAAAGCUCGAUCUAACAAUGGCUAGUGACAUAAAGAGUGUGGCCAUUUCUGUUUUUGGUAUAGGGCUGUCAAUUGAUUAAAAUAUUAAAUUGCGAUUAAUCA